AUCUCAUACCGGUACCAACCACCACCUGCUGAGCGCUGCGCCUCUCAGCUCGAGGUCCACAUGUCAUGUCUUUCAAAAAUCCCGCCGAUAAUAAACUAGCAGCAGAGCUCACCGUACUCGCCGGCGCGACCCUGCACCUGCCCGCUCGCUGGCGGGUCGUCCCCCCGGCGGCAGCAGGCCCGAUAGAUAUCGCGCGCGCUACAUAUAUACACACACGCAUGCCAAUGUGCUUUGAAUGUCGAAGGGAAAUCCACUACUCCUUAGAUUGCUCCUCAAAAUACAAUAAAUCUAUCGCCUAAGUUACUGCUAACAUCAUGUCGUUGGACGAGUUUAUCUACCUUCUCAUGUUGCUCUUAUCGAUAGCUCUGGGACAUCUUGUUAAGCAUUCAAAUGGGGCAAAAAACAAGCAAAAUAUUUGCACUGCAGUGGGCAUCACUCUGGUGUUGAUCUUGUGCAGAUGGCAGAGUUACCAUUCUAUUUUUGCUACAGUUGUGAAUGCACUUCUCAUCAAAAUUGCAGGUCCAAGGAAAUGUCAUGUAUGGAGCUUUGUCUUUUCCUUCACCUAUCUGGCUUUCUUCCGGGCUGCUGGAUACUUUGGGCUGCAGGAACCAACAUCAUUCUCUAAUGUGGUACAGCUUCUUCUCACUCUAAGGUUGAUUGGUGUAGCCUUUGAGAUCCAUGACACCUACAAGAUAAGGCAAGCUGCCUCAUCCAAGGAACAGGAGGAGGGGAAGGCAGGAAAGACCAAACGUUACGUACCAGUCAUUAUUGAACCUACUGUAGAAGAACUCUUCCACUAUUGCUUCUGCUUUGUUGGUCUCCUAACAGGUCCAUACUACAAGUACAAGACCUACUACGACAUGCUACACCAUCCAAACUCUGCAUCCCUGCCGAGCAUCGGGCCGAUGCUGGACCGCAUCAAAGUCCUUCUACCGGUAGGAAUCGUCUUCAUCAUCUCCUCGCACUACUACACCGUGGACUAUAUGAAGGAUGAUGCUUUCUAUGAGAACAGCUUCUGGUAUAGGACGUUUUACAUGUUUCCAAUCUUCAUUGUCUUCCGUACUCGUAUGUACUCUGCCUGGCUUCUAUCCGAGUGUGUUUGUAUGAGCGCUACGCUAGGGGCCUACCCCAAGAUCCUCAGGACUCGAUGUGGGCAGGGUCCAACAAUUGAUCCAAAAGAAUUCAGUGAACAGGAGCUGGCACGUUCAGACUAUGACUACGAGACGAUUCACAACAUUGGUGCGUACAUGUGUGACUGCACCACAACAUUCCGAGAUGCAGUGAGAUGGUGGAACAUGUCCGUCCAGUGGUGGCUCAAGAAUUUCAUCUAUGUCCGCUGUCCACUCAGAGCAUGGAGCACCUCCGCUACGAUGCUGGUGAGUGCAUUCUGGCACGGCAUCCACCCAGGUUACUACCUCAGCUUCCUGACCGUCCCCCUGGUCCUAUGGGCUGAAGACCUCCUCAUCAAGUCCUUCCGGACAGAGCAGAACAAGGUCACCUUUGACUGGAUCAACUGGUUCCUGCGCAUGAGGGCGUUUGACUACCUCGCCUGCGGCUUCCUCCUCCUCAGCUGGGAGGCCGUGACACGGUACUGGGCGUCGACGUUCUUCAUCGUGCACGUGGUAACGUUUAUAUGCAUUGGGGUAGGUCUGCUGCAUCUACCCAAAGCAAAGAGGAAAGCGGAAGAUUCGGGUAAAGCCGUCUCUUCUUCUACAAAUUCUGAAGGAAAGAGGCAUUGACUGGGUAGGUUUUGAUAAACAUGUACUCGUAUUUCUCAGUUGCAGUAUUGGUUGAUAUUUAUUAGCUUACACUGGAGAGUAUCGUUUUAAUUGUGUGGGCAUGUUUAUCACUGAUGCCAAUGUUUUAUUAUUAGCUCAAAGUCAUCAUUAUUUGUGUAAAACCCUGUGAAAACCUCAGUGAACAAUUUUUCAUUCAGAUAUAUGUUAUGUACAUAAACUCUUAUAAUAUCAAUCAUUUACUAUAUUUUGAUCCUAUGACCAAGUUUUGCCCAUUUGAUUCCUGUAGGUUAUUUAUUGAAUGUUAUAUUUUUGUAUAUAGGGAUGAAAAAAAAUUAUAUUUGUAGGUAGAACAUUAUGAUAAAGCAUAAAGAUGAUCAUGAUCAUGGUAAUUUGAGUGGUACUAAACUCACAAUUUUCCUGUUAUAUUGACUUAUAAAUCUAUUUCUUGCUGUAUACAUUUAAAUUUUAUAUCUGUCCAUGGCAAGUUUCCAGCUUUUAUCACAAUUCUGUCACCCUCAUACACUUCAAAUGCCGAGUGCUAUGUUAGGCCAUCUGCUUUAGUGGCACCUGAAAAUUAUGUGAACUGGGGGGUGUUUCACAAGAUUUAAGUAUGACUUCAAGUCAUGUUUAAAUGCUGACACGCACUAACGUGCAAUCUUAUUUAUUAAUAUGCAGUAAUGCAUGUCUAUUAAUAAAGCAUGAUUUGAUCAAAUCGGUGAUGCGACUCUGAAAAAGUUAUACAUAACUUUUUGUGAAGCACACCCCAGCUCGUGUGUUUAAGCAGUAUUUGAGCAAAGGGAGGCCUUGAAAUAUCUUACAUCAAGUUUUUGAGAAUUAUGUUAGAAAUGAUUUUGACCUGAGACGAAUUCUUAAUUUUUUUCACUUGUCGUUAGCAAUAUAAAAAAAAAAGAAAUAAAAUCAACAACUGAUAUUGUUUGGUUGCGCAGCUAGUUUUCCGUAUGCUCCUAUGGGCAGUGCUGACUUUUGCCUGCACCACAGCUUAACCAAGGGCGUGGAGCAGCGGCAUCAUCAAUGUCUCCCUGUUCUUCUUCCUCUGGAACUACCUCGAGCUGGUUUUUCCUCAACAUCCUGAUUGCGCUCCAUACAAUAGCCAGCUCUUAUUUUGUGAACUACAAUUGUCUGCAUUAAAAGUCUCUGAUGACUUAUUACGUGCAUCUCUUUGGCGAUUGUGCAUUACGCACCUUUCUUCCCCCAUCAGCUUCAUGCCAUACGACAGCUUUGCACAAUGUUGCCAUGCCUGGACAAGAUGUAAUUGCAAAAGUCUUGUUGAUAAGGACAAGUUUCCGCGAUAAACAAGAGUUGGUUUGUUGGCAGUUCGGGCAUACAGAGACACUUUUGCAUGUCCAUUUAUGUCACAAGCACCGUUCUCAUCAUUGGCCAUAUGUACACAGGGUAUCUUCUUUGAGCGCCUCACGUGCCUGAUUGGCAUUGACCCCACAUUGUUCAAAUCCAUCACACACGUUACAAUCGCAUCUUGCGCAAUCAUGGGGCAUUGGGUAUCCUUAGCACUUUUUGCAAAAGUCACCGAUUGGUGCUGAAAAGGAGGUGUUCAUGUUGGUAAAGAUUGUAUGAUGAUAGGUAUAUAAACAGCUCUGUGAUCAUUGAAGUUGCAAUGCAUUUUUUGAAACAUUCAGAUCUGAAUGCAAAUAUCGCCUGUUUGGCGCAUGUUCUUGUCUGUAGUGUGAGACUUGUCGGUGAUAACUUUUUCUUUUAUCCCUCAAGAGUAUUUGUGAGGGGGGGGGGUCUUUUUUUUUACCUCAUCCAUCUUUUUCAACACAAAAUGUCUUUGACCUGAACAAUAUGCUUUAAAUCUGUGUGUACUGAUUCAGCAUUCUUGUAACCUAGAGUAUUAAAAAAGAAUGUCUUGCAUACAGGCCAACAUGCAAGUGCUAGUAUCUAGGACUUGCCGGAGAUGGAGUUGGAUCCAAAAUGAGCUCCAAAUUGAUGGGAAUAUUUUUCAGUAUAUAAUAACCUCUACUGAGCUUGACCUUGAUCUUUGCCCCCCCAAAAAACCUUUUAUCAGAUCAUCGACAGACAUCCCUAUAUGCAUACACAAGGUCAAUUGAAGUUUGAAGUAAAUUCGUCAAAUGUUUUUUCAGUCUGUUGUUGCCAGAACGAAAAGGGGACAGAUGGACAGACAGACACCCUAGAACUAAAUGCCUCCGGCAUCCACCUUCGGUGGGCGAUGGCAUAACAAAGCAGAUAAGGUCUGAUAAGUAGGCCUACUUAGCUGUGUUAUUCUCCAGAUCAUCACUGGCAUGUCCAACGUGGGUUGAGCUUCGGAUCUGUCUGUUGUCACGGGUUAGAGCUGCUUGGAAACCAGGAGUAAAAUGAAUUGGAUAUCAGAGAAUUGAUAUUGAAAAUAAAUUGAGGCAUUUUUCAAACCGUCUUUAACAAAAUUCCAUUUCUUUUUUUUAACCCAACUGCACUUUUGUUGUCUUUGAUCUUUUAACUCAAUUUUCUGUAGUCCAUCUGUGUGCUAACAGAAUUUGCUCCUCCUGAUUACCUUCCUUUCCCCCACCCUGCACAUGUCGCUAUCAACCACUAAUUUAGUGAGAAACAACAUUAAUGCUUAACUCUUAUCCAACUGGCCUAUUUGAGAGCCAAAUGAGCAAUGACACACUGGUUAACAAAAUAAAUUCAGUAAAAUAUUUUAAUGUUGCCCAAUCUGGCCUUAUGAUAUACCAAAAUAAAGCUAAUGAUAUAAUCUUUCUUUUGACACAAAUUAUUUUGAAUAAUUUGCAUAUAUUAUAAUAUCAUAUGCAAAUUAGCACUUCUGCAUAUUCAUGCAAAGACAGGUAUUUUGGGCAAAAAUCAUAUUUGAUCAUAUAAUUGAAAGGGAAAUAUAACUCAAAAUAUAGUCAAACUUGCAUGGAAUAUUCUUUGAAGUAUGUAUAGUAAAAAUAGGGGUCAUUUUGUAUAUAAACAUUAUUGAUGAGUUGUGAAGUAGGACAUAUUACAUAAUAUUCAAAUACGGGUAAAAUUUUGUUAAAAAUGCCUAUACCAAAGUAGCUCACAAAAAAAAUCUUUAAAAUAAAUGAAUGAUUUCUGCUCUUAGUAAGAUGCUUUUUAUGACAAUAAGUAUCUUUAGAUAAAGGAAGAAUGCUAUAUAGUAAUAAAAAAAAUCACAAUAUCAGAUAUUUUAUGCAAAUUACUUCUUAUGAAUAUUGAUGAACGCAUUGUUCAGGUGAAACAAAGUCUUUUCCUACAAAGGGGAGUAUGCAAAAAAAAUAUCCAAACCUCAUGAGAAUGAAGUAUGAGUUAUAUUUUCAAAUUAUGAAAUAUCAUAUUUGUUUGUUAUUUCCUUAUUUAUGAUUCAAAGGUUUGUGAAAUAUGACACUUUACAUGAUAUUUAAAUACAUAAGUGUGAAUUCCGUUCAAGAAAAUACAUGUACAUAACUACAUAUACACCAAAGUUGAAUAAACAAAAAAAUACAUAGAAAAAGAAAACAAGUGAUUCCUGCCUCAUACAUGAUAGAUAAAUGUUUCUUCUGUACUUUUUUUAAACAAUUGUUACAAAAUUUGCAUAUCUAAUGUCAUGAAUAUUGAUGAGAUUGCGUAAAAUAACAUGUACCCACGAAUAAUUGUUUGUACAGUACAAUAAAAAGAUAUAAAUUAUGGCAAUGAGCCUUGCAAAAUAUCACAUGUGUUUGGUGCAGUUUUUAUUACAAGUGACUCGGAUGUCAAAC